AAGAACACUAACGAUUGAAACGGUGUCGUUUGCACACAAAUCUGAGACGGAAACUCAAAAAAGAGUUGGGAGAUUAUAGCGGCGGAGGAGGAAGCCUACUGGGAGCAGAGCUUUUCCUUUGGACUCUUUGACGACGCCUGCGUCUCCGAUUGAUGGUGGGGGCAUGGGAGUGGGAAAAUGCAACAGCGGGAGGCGUGGCAGGAUUCGCAACAGUAGCUGCUAUGCACCCUCUUGAUGUUGUCCGUACUAGAUUCCAAGUGAACGACGGAAGAGGGCUAAGUGCUCUUCCGACUUACAAGAACACAGCUCACGCUCUCUUCACCAUUGCCCGCCUCGAGGGAUUGAGAGGAGGACUUUAUGCAGGUUUCUUCCCUGCUGUCAUCGGUUCCACUCUUUCCUGGAGCUUAUACUUCUUCUUUUAUGGAAGAGCGAAACAGAGAUACGCUAGAGGCAGGGACGAUGACAAACUCACCCCUCCUCUUCACCUCGCUUCUGCUGCUGAAGCUGGUGCCUUGGUCUGUUUCUGCACCAAUCCUAUUUGGCUUGUCAAGACUAGAUUACAGCUUCAGACUCCUCUUCAUCAAACCCCACCCUACUCCGGCCUUUUAGAUGCCUUUAGAACCAUUAUCAAAGAGGAAGGACCCAGGGCCCUCUAUAAGGGUAUUCUCCCUGCUCUUCUUCUGUUUCUUCAGCAGGUUUCUCAUGGUGCUAUUCAAUUCACAGCGUACGAGGAACUCCGUAAACUCAUUGUGGAUUUCAAAGACAAGAGAAGAAAUUCCGAAUCCACUUCUGAUAAUUUAUUGAACUCGGCGGAUUAUGCUGCACUGGGCGGCUCCUCCAAAGUCGCAGCAGUUCUUCUUACAUAUCCAUUUCAAGUUAUUAGAGCACGAUUACAGCAAAGACCUAGUACCAACGGAACCCCAAGAUAUAUAGACAGCUUACAUGUCAUGAGAGAAACCGCCAGAUUCGAGGGUCUCAGAGGUUUCUACAGGGGACUAACAGCUAAUCUAUUGAAAAAUGUGCCUGCUUCUUCCAUCACUUUCAUCGUCUACGAAAACGUUCUGAAAUUGCUGAAACAACCUCCAACGAAAUAGGACCAUCUUCUUCUUCUUCUUUUUCUUUUCCCUUGGGAUUGGGAAUUACAUUUUUGCUUUUUUUUUUUUCCUUUUACGGCUGGUUAUCCAUGAAACAGCUUUGUCUUGUCUUUUGCUCAAUAAAAAGCUUUGGUUUCCUUUUCA